AAAAAGGCUCAAGGCGCUUCUGGACAAGGCGGCGCCAGCCGGGCCCGGAGGUUGCAGCGCCUCCCGCGGACGCUCCACCUGCAAGGCGCCAGGUUUCCGGGAACCGGGGCGCGGCGGUCGGCGGGCCGAGGCGGGGAAUCAUGGCAACUGAUGAAGAUAACAAAAAACAAGUUCUUAAGGAGUAUGGGCCAGCUGAAGAAUUUAUGAAAGAUGAACAAAACCAGAAAUUAAUUAGUGAAAUUGAAAAGGAAAAUACUCAGUUAAAGGAGGAGAUCCAAAAGCUUGAAGCUGAGUUGCAAGCGACAACCAGGAACUCCCAGAUUAACGAGGAUAUUCCCGAAACAAAGAUAAAGUUCACAGCUGUAGAGAAUCCUGAGACUGACAGCCAGUUUUCAAAUAUCUCCUAUUCGUGUCAAGUGAGCUCAAAAGUUCCUUAUGAGCUACAAAAAGGACAAGCACUUAUCACCUUUGAAAAAGAAGAAGUUGCCCAAAAUGUGAUCAGAAUGGGGCACCAUCAUGUGCAGAUACAGGAUGUAAAUGUGAAGGUUAUGGCCAGCCCGGUUCCAUUAAACUCAGGAGUCAGAUUCCAGGUUCACGUAGAAGUGUCUAAAAUGAAGAUCCAUGUUACUGACAUUCCUGAUGAACUGCCUGAAAGUCAGAUGAGAGACAAGCUAGAACUGAGUUUUUGUAAGUCCCGCAACGGAGGCGGAGAAGUGGACUGCGUGGAGUACGACAGGCAGUCCCGGAGCGCCGUCAUCACGUUUGUGGAAAGUGGAGUUGCUGACAAGAUUUUGAAAAUAAAAGACUAUCCUCUUUAUAUAAAUCAAAACUGCCAGAGAGUUACUGUUUCUCCGUACACAGAAACAUACAUGAAAAAGUUUCAGGUAUUUUCAGGAGUAUCUAAGAAGACGGUGCUUCUGACAGGACUGGAAGACCUUCAGAUAAUAGAUGAAGAAACUGUACAGGAUUUUAUUAACAUUCACUUUCAACGGGAGAAAAAUGGAGGUGGAGAAGUCGAGGCAGUCAAGUGUUCCCUUGGGCAACCUUACAUAGCAUACUUUGAAGAAUAGACUCAUGGAAUCCUAUGAAAAUUAGAGCUUUUGAACCCAAAUCACUGUUAAUGCUUGACAAAAAUGAAUAUCCCUUUCCUUAAAAAAAA